GGUCCUGUGAAUGAGGAAUGCCUCUCACCAGCUGUGCCUGAGCCACAGCACUCCGGCCACUGCUGUCUCUGCAGCUGCUCACAUCUGGAAACCUUCACAGUUCAGGAUUCCACUGCAAUGAGUUGGUGGAGGAACAAUUUCUGGAUCAUCUUAGCUGUGGCCAUCAUCAUUGUUUCUGUGGGCCUGGGCCUCAUCCUGUACUGUGUCUGUAGGUGGCAGCUUAGACAAGGCAAGAAAUGGGAAAUUGCCAAGCCCUUGAAACACAACCAAGCAGAUGAAGAAAAGAUGUAUGAGAAUGUUCUUAAUGAUUCUCCAGGUCAGUUACCGCCUCUGCCACCGAGGAAUUGGCCUUCUCUAGAAGACUCUUCUCCACAGGAAACCCCAGGUCAGCCACUAGCUACAUACUCAUUGGUAAAUAAAGUUAAAAAUAAGAAGACUGUUUCCAUCUCGAGCUACAUUGAACCUGAAGAUGACUAUGACGAUGUUGAAAUCCCUGCAAAUACUGAAAAGCAUCAUUUUGAAACAACCAUUUCUUCUUUUUGGCAAAGCUGAAGAGAGUUCACAUGAUUUAUUUUAAAACAAUCAAGAAUGGUUGAACUUCAGGAGGUCUCUGGGCCUUGAAAGCCAGUGGUGAUUUUAUGAAGCUCUAUAAGAUAAAGCACUUCCCAAACCUUAGAUGAAGACACCCCUGAGAUCAGAUGACUACAGCCAGAGGACACAGAUGCUCAGCUCUGAGGACUCAGAGGGGUCAGCUUUGUGCUGUUGAGGGAAGUUUCCAUGGGGACGACCAUGGGCUCGAGUUGCUGGGAUUACAGGCACCCACCAUCAUGGCCAGCUAAUUUUUGUAUUUUUGUAGAGAUGAGGUUUUACCACGUUGGCCAGGCUGGUCUCAAACUCUACAGUGAGCUAUGAGUUCAUAGCUCCCCCUAUGAGAAACUACUCAUUUCUUGGUACUCUUUCCCUCUUCAUUCCCUUGGUUUGCAUGGUUCUGAGUGAUCUUAAAUGUCAGCAUUCAGUGGUACAGACCCUCCCAGGCUGCCAUCCCCAGCAAGGCCUUCACCAAGCAUGCCAGUCUUUACCCCUUCCACUCUACCCACCUCCUGCACUGUGAGGCUGUGGGUGAGUUAUAGCUGAGUGCUCUUGUGCCAAAGUCCCCACACCAUAUCUUGCAAGUUUGCAAGGGCAGGGAGUACUUUUUGUUCUUGUGAACCCUCCCUACCUAUACACCCUGCAAACCCCACUGCCUUUUUAUGAUGUAGGCCAAGGCCGGGCUCCCAUCUGUAAUCCCAGCACUUUGGGAGUCUGAAGCAGGUGGAUCACCUGAGGUCAGGAGUUCAAGAUCAGCCUGACCAACAUGGAGAAACCCCAUAUCUAUUAAAAAUACAAAAUUAGCUGGGCAUGGUGGUGCAUGCCUGUAAUCCCAGCUACUCAGGAUGCUGAGACAGGAGAACUGCUUGAACCCAGGAGGCAGAGGUUAUGGUGAGCUGAGAUUGUGCCAUUGCACUCCAGCCUGGGCAACAGGAACAAAACUCCAUCUUAAAUAAAUAAAUAAAUAAAUAAAUAAAUAAAUAAAUAAAUAAAUGAUGUAGGCCAAAUUGACCAUAAAGAUUCGAGUUUUCACCUAGGUUUCUUCCCCAUGCCCACAAGAUGCUGGUUUCUAAGCAAGUACAGGUUGUACCGUAACAAUGGACAAAGGACAAAAGUUACCUUCUGAUUUACACCUAGAAGCAUCAUUUAGCAAUAGAUGUGUUGGGGGUGCUACAGGAAAAAUUAUGGGGAACAGGAAAGAAAGAGGGCAUGUAACAAUGGCAUAUUCAAGAUGAGAGUGGAGGGGGCUUAAAAUCCCCUGCUCAUCAUUUUCAUCAUCACUUCCUCAAGAUCUAUGAAAACAGCCUCAAGCCCCUUCCCUCAAGAACACCAUCCCUGGGCAUCUAGGAAGAGUCACAAGGCCCGGUGUGAUGUGCUGCAGCCAAUGAGAUGCCAGAGAAGUGGGCUGCUGACCUGGAAUGGUCCACAUACCCAGGGUCUUAGGAGACCCCAGUAAACCCCAGGGUCUCCUGUCCCAACAGCACCCAGCAACUUUCCCUAAUGUCUCAUUGGCCUGGAGUGGUCCACAUACCCGUGAUCUUAGUCCAUUUGGUCUACUAUAACAAAAUUCCUUAGACUGGAUAAUUUUUUAAAAACAGAAAUGCUGCUCACAGUUCUGGAGGCUGGGGAGUCCAAGAUGAAGGCGCCAGCAGAUUUGGUGUUUGGUGAGGGCUCACUCUCUGCCUCACAUCUUUUCACUAUGUCCUCACUUGAUAGAAGGGGAAGGCAGCUCUCUUGGGACUCUUUUAUUUUAUUUUUUGAGACAGAGUCUUACUUUGUCACCCAGGCUGGAGUGCAGUGGCACAAUCAUAGCUCACUGUAGCCUCAAACUCCUGGGCUCAGGUGAUCAAUCCUCUCACCUGAGCCUCCUGAGUAGCUGGAACUACAGGCACAUGCCACCAUGCCCAGCUAUUCUUUUUCCGUCUUUUUAUUUUUUAUUUAUUUAUUUUUUUUUUUGUAAAGAUGGAGUCUCACUCCAUAACCAGGCUGGUUUCAAACUACUGGAUUCAAAUGAUCCUUUUGUCUCAGCCUCCCUAAAUGCUGGGAUUAUAGGUAUGAGCCACUGCACUGGCGUGGGGCCUCUUUUAUAAGGGCAUUAAUCCCAUUCAUGAGGGCAGGGCCCUCAGGAUUAAUCACCCCAAAGGGCCUGCCUCUUAAUAACAUCAUCUUGGGGUGACAUGUGAAUUCUGGGGGACACAAACAUAGACCAUAGCAUUCUGCCACUGACCCCACAAAAUCUAUGUCCUUCUCAUAUGCAAAAUACAUUUAUUCUAUCCCAAUAGCCCUAAAAGUCUUAACUCAUUCCAACAUCAGCUUUGAAGUCUAAGUCAACAUCUCAACUAAAUGUUGACUCAUUCCAACUAUGGGCAAAAAUCAAGAUAUGAUUCAUCCUGAGGCAAACUGCUCUCCAAUUAUGAGCCUAUGAAAUCAAACUACUUGUGUGCUUCCAAAACACAAUGGUGGGACUGACAUGGGAUAGACAUUUCCAUUCUAAAAGGGAAAAAUAGGAAAGAAGAAAGGGGUAAUGGGUCCCAAGCAAGUCUGAACCUUAACAGGGCAAACAACAUUAAGUCUUAAGGUUUGAGAAUAAUUCUUGACUUGAUGUCCUAGCCCCCAGAUAUUGGCAUGGGGGUUGGGCCCCCAAGGCUCGGGGCAGCCCUACCUCCACGGCUUUGCUGGGCACAGACUACUCUGCAGCUUUCAUGAGUUGGAGUCUCUGGCCUGCAGCUUUUCCAGGCUGGAGCUGCACACUGGUGGCCCUACCACUCUGGGGUCUUGGAGGCAGACCUGUCCCCAUGGCUGUGCUGGGCAUUGUCCUGGUGGGGGCUCUCUACAGUGGCCCUGCCCCUUUGGCUGUACUCUGUCUGGGCCUCAAGCUUCCCUCAGGAAUCCUUUGAAAUCUAAGUAGAGGUAGCAAUGCCCUCACAGCCCGUGUACUUUGUGCACCUGUGGAGAUGGAACUGCUUUAACACCACCAUGCUUUACUGUCUAUGCCUUCCAGAGGGAUAGCCUGAGCCACACUUGGGCCCACUUGAGCCAUAGCUAGGAUAUCUCAGGAACCCUGUGCCAACAUGCAGGGAGCAGAGCCUUGAAAUCGCUUUGCCUUCAAGGUCCUAGCUUUCUGGGCCUAUGAUGGGCAGGGUAGCCUCUGAAGAUCUUCAGAAUGCUUUCAGAAUCAUUCUUCCACUGUGAUGCUGAGCAUCUGGCUUCCAUCUACUCAUACUAAUCUCCUUAUCAAAAGUUUCCUCGGUCACAUUCUUGGUGUUUUCUCUUAAACAGCUUUUUCAUUCUUUACAACACGAGCAGGUUGGUAAAUUUCUAAAUUUUUAAAUUCUGCUUUUUUUUUUUUGUAUUAUAAAUAACAUCUUUGGCCAGGUGUGGUGGUUCAUGCCUCUAAUCCCAGCCCUUUGGGAGGCCAAGACAGGUGGACCACCUGAGGUCAGGAGUUCGAGACCAGCCUGGCCAACAAUGGUUAAACCCUACCUCUACUAAAAAUACAAAAUUAGCUGGGCAUCAUGAUGCACACCUGUAAUCCCAGCUACUGGGGAGACUGAGGCAGGAGAAUCACUUGAACCCAGGAGGAAGAGGUUGCAGUGAGCUGAUAUUGCACCACUGCACUCCAG